UGGACACUUGUAGUUCAUCAUGGCCCGACCUGAGCGGCAGCCGAUUGCGGCGGCGCGGUACAGGACUACCCUUCCCAGCUCGCCCCGCUGCUCCGCCGCUCCAGCUGUAAACAAACAGCGCUCAGCGAUGGCGGCUGCGGGGCGGUGAGCUGUGGGGGCUGCGGGAGGCAGCGAGGUGCGGGCAGGCGGCUUCUGUGCUCUCUGCUUGGGUCUGCGGGGCACAUGGAUGACAGCAAGGUGGUUGGAGGCAAAGUAAAGAAACCAGGAAAGCGAGGUCGUAAACCAGCCAAAAUAGACUUGAAGGCAAAACUUGAAAGAAGUCGUCAGAGUGCAAGAGAGUGCAGAGCCAGGAAGAAGCUGAGGUACCAGUACCUGGAAGAGCUGGUUUCAAGCCGAGAGCGAGCCAUCUGUGCUCUCAGAGAGGAGCUUGAAAUGUACAAGCAGUGGUGCAUGGCAAUGGACCAAGGGAAAAUCCCUUCUGAAAUAAAAGCCUUACUAACUGGAGAGGAGCAGGGCAAAGCACAGCAGAACUCAGCCAAACUUACGAAGGCUGGGAAGACAGAACCAAACAACAGCAAUCCUUGAGUCAAAUGCAGAACCUUCCGCACUUCUGCAGAGAUAACUUGGUAGCUGGCAGAAGAAUGCUGUUAUUGGCGAAGUGGAUGCAUCCCUGGGUCCAGGUUGAAGGAUGCCAGUCUGCUGUCUUCUCUUCGCUCCUCCCCAUGUGAAACUCUUUGCUUGUGGUAUUUCUAAACCUGCAUGGAGUGGGGCUUCUGGGGUAAUAGGUGUUUGUGUUAAGUGGAGCUUUGUUCUUCCUUUCUCUACACCUCACCCCCCAAAAAUACAGCUAUGUAGCUUUUGGACGUUCUUAGUAAGAGAUGGGGACUGCUUUUGUGUUAGAGGUGUGAGACUAGAAUUAGACUGGCUUUAUGGUCAGUAGUCAUGUGGUUGGUAACCAUUACGGGAGUCUUGGAUGUUCUGUACAAUACAAGCAGGAGAAAGAUCUUGUAACAGCUUUGCUAAAGCUAAACAGAAUGCUGCAAGACAAGGAAAAGGAGUCUCAUCAGGUUUUCAGUAAAAAGUUUUAUAGCAAAGUAACUUGCAACCUGAAUAAAGGUGUUGUUUUCUGCAUCAUUUAUAACACUACAUGUCUUUUAUGUUAGUGGAAUCCUUAGAGAAGUAGUACAUAUAUUCCCUGCUUCUGCCCAUGUAUUUUUCACAGGAUGUAUUUCUUCCCUCUUACCCUCAGUAAGAUGAUGAAAGCAUUUACCUACACCCUACUUACAGCAGCAGAACAACUGCCACCAAUUGCUCUUUUCUUGUAUCUACCUAGAAUUUGAGCCCAGGUAUCUUCCUAGGCUGUAAUGUGAUACGAGUUCUGCUGUGAGUUCCCAGCCAAAGAUAAUACCAAGAACUGGUAACUAGGAAAACAAGUUGCGUCAGUUUAGUCUUAUCAAAACAGAGGUGAUGUCAAAAGUUUUGAGGACUGAUUUAGUCAUUUAAGACACUGACAGAUGACCCGUUACUUUAUUUAGACUGCACUUUCUUCUGCAUAUGCUUUGUGUGUGUGUGUGUGUGUGUGUGUGUGUGAUGAAAUGCAAAGAGUGGAGCUCCCAGGAUUUUCAGCAGGACUUCUGCUUUGCUUGUACUGUUUUGUUUGUGACAGUGUCUUUUUCUGUAUUUUAUGAGAUGCAUGGAAACAUUUUUGUUUUCUUCUUUAUUUCAUAAAAUAAAUGUUGUAACAAAUGACUUUGCUAGACUGAAUGCUUCAUUCUUUUUAUUGAAUGGCAUCUGUUUGGAAUUAUCUUCAUUUAGGAUUAGUCAAAAGCACUGAAAAUAACAAAGUGCCAUAUUUCAGUGUAUAACACACAGUUCUUUUCAGGCUUUCGUUCUGAGUGCUUGUAUUAAUCCUUAAAGCAUGGUUUGCAGUUUAUUCUCUGGACCCACCACACAUGUACUUACUUAGCAGUUUCCAGGAAUGUUGCGUAGACACGGAAAACUACUAUGAAAAGUAAAGUAAUGCUGAAACAGAGAUGGAAAUGAGUUGGUUUUGUUGUUGGAUUAUUUUAUUUAGCCUCUUAUUUUAAGCUCUGAGCUGCAGCUUGUUCUGAAAGACAGCAGCAAAGCCAACCCAUAAGUUUAGAUCUGUUGUGUUCUUGCCUGCCCUUUUUCUGUGUUCUCUAAAAUAAAAGAAAAAUUAAAUAAACUCUAACGAAGUAGGCCAGAUGUCCAGAACUAUAAUCUGUGAACCUCACACUUGGAUUCUGUAACAUGAGCAUGCCAAAAGCAUAGUAUAUUGGAUUUGGUUACGAUUAGACUUACACAGCACCGCUAGUUUCAUAUGUAAGCCAUGUAUUGUAUUUAAACACAUACUUCAAAAGUUGUUUAUGUACCUAAGUAUCUUUCUGAAUCAAAGAUGCUGAAAAUUUACAGGACAAGUUGAUAUUUGUGACUGGAACAGUUCCACUGUGAUACAUGCAGUGCUGAUGUCAUCAAAAAUACCACACUUGCUCUCUUCCCUCUAUUCUUUCGUGGUUUCACUUUCUGUGGUACUGUGCAAGGAAGUUCUCUGGGAGUUUUCUUUUAUGAUGGAAAUGGGGAACUGGAAUUUUUGGAUAUAAUGAGCAACGGUGUUUCUCUGUUUCCCAUCCUAGUGGCUCCUGUUUCUGGGCUUGGACAACAGUUGGCAUUAUGGGGCUGUAUUGGGGAGCCUGGGCGAGCUCUGGGGCACAGUUAGUGACUGAGGGGGCAGCUGGAACCAUAGCUAGCUUUGGGAAAGUGUCUGUGGCUGACUUCUUUUAACUUUUGCAUUUGAAGUUGAAGAUUAAUCUGCAUCAAUAAUGAAUCUGUUUUUUCCUGGCAUCCUGUGAGGAGACGGAGAAGGUUUAUCCGUAGUUUAAUUUUCUACUUUCCAAGAAAUAAUCAUCUCUAUAAUUACCACCAAUGUAAGAGGCAAGUGUUUUGGAUUUGUCUACAAGCAGGAAAAGCCAAAAUAAGAUCCUUAUUCCUCAUUAUACUUAAGACUUGUAGUGUGAGUGAUAGAGGAUCAGCUCAUAUAUCCCUGUUGUAGGUAAUGAAGGCAAAACACCAGCUCGUGACUUCCUGCUGUUAAUGGCGCUGAGCAAUGAUUUCACUGUAAAUUAUGUGCAUAGCUGGAUUUCUUGUAUGUCUUUGUGCAUUUAUAUUAGACAACAAAGGCUGCUUAUUUGCAGUAAAUUCCAUGGUAUCUCAUACCAAAUGAAAUCACUGGACUACAAGCGAUGCUGUGUUUAUGAAAUGUAUAGAUUUGUAUAUAUAGAUAAAUCAGUAGAAUUGGCACAGUCAGUUGUAACCAUUAUCAUAAGCAAUUUCUGCAAAUUUAUGUUGCUUAAUUGCUGUAUUAUUCAUAUCGUUGUUUGUACAUUCUCUUUUACUUCAUCUCAGUCAUAACUAGUAAACUGUCAUUGUUCAGCUAACAGUUUUCAGCAACAUUUCAUUAAAAAAAACAAACCCAACAA